CUCCGCCCGAAAGGGAACGCGCGCUGCGAAAUUUCGGUGUUUUACGAAAAGUUUCCAAUGUAUACCUGAAAGACCUGUUCCACAAUGCUCGCGAUGUAGUGUUCCAGAGAUGCGGCCUGUAGUCAUCGCCGCUUGCCUGAUUCUGCUCGCGCCCAUUACUGAUUCCUGGUGGGCAUCAGGCAGCGCCGUGAUCCUAGACCCGCGCAUGGUGUGCAAGCGCAACCGGCGAGCGCGCGGCCGGCUCGCGCACAUCUGCAGAAACGAAACGGGGCUUCUCAAGGAGAUCAUGCGAGGAGUGACCUUGGGGGCGACGGAGUGCGCGCACCAGUUUAGGAACAGGCGGUGGAACUGCACCACGCAGCGGCGAAGCAUGCGGAAGAUACUUAUGAGAGACAUACGAGAGACGGGGUUUGUGAACGCCAUCACAGCGGCUGGAGUGACAUACGCUAUCACAAGGGCGUGCACAGCUGGCUCACUUCUAGAAUGUUCUUGUGAAAAGGGCGCGCCAAAACCCCGUCGCGGGCACAUGCCCUCGAUCACUCUCCCCCCUUCCCCCGUCCCCACGGACCGGUGGCAAUGGGGGGGCUGCAGUGACAACGUGCGCUUUGGCCUGAAGAAGUCCAGGGAGUUCAUGGACAGCCGGUACAGGAAGAAAAGCGACAUAAAGACGCUGAUUAAGCUUCAUAACCAUAAUGCUGGGAGGUUGGCAAUCAAAAACCACCUGAGAGUGGAGUGCAAAUGUCACGGGCUCUCCGGGUCCUGUACCUUGAGGACCUGCUGGUGGAGGAUGCCCACGUUCAGAGAGAUUGGCGACAGGCUGAGGGACAGGUUCGAGGGUGCUGCGAAGGUAAUCGCAAGCAACGACGGUGACAGCUUCAUGCCAGAAAGCGCCAGCAUAAAAAGGCCCGGCAAAAAAGACAUCAUAUACUCCGAAGAAUCCCCAGAUUUCUGUUCACCCAACAUGAAAACUGGGUCCUUGGGUACCGAAGGUCGCCAGUGCAACAUCAGUUCAGCUGGAACUGACAGCUGCGAUCAGCUCUGCUGCAGGAGAGGAUAUGUGCAAACGACGGUCAAGGAAACCGAAAACUGUAAUUGUCAAUUCAAAUGGUGCUGCGAAGUUAUAUGUGAAACUUGUUUUGUUAAUCGGGACAUACAAACAUGCCUUUAAUGUGAUAGAUUAUACAUAUUGAUUUUUGAUAUUAAAUUUAUCUAUGAGACUGU